ACUCCCGCCCGCCCGCAGGAUGGCCCACAAGCAGAUCUACUACUUGGACAAGUACUUCGACGAGCACUAUGAGUACUGGCAUGUCAUGUUACCCAGAGAACUUUCCAAACAAGUCCUGAAAACCUAUCUGACGUCUGAAGAGGAGUGGAGGAGACUUGGUGUCCAACAGAGUCUAGGCUGGGUUCAUUACAUGAUUCAUGAGCCAAAACCACAUAUUCUUCUCUUUAGAUGACCUCUUCCAAAAGAGCAACAAAAAUGAAGUCUAU